ACCUCUAGAAGACACGCAUGCUGACUGGAUAAUUGUUUUCACGCUAGGAGUUUAAAAAAAAAAAACAACCCAAAAACAGGUUCAACGAUGCAGACACAUUCAGUGCAGAGCUUUGCAGUCGUUUUGGCACUGCUACUCACCCCGCUGAAUAAUACGAAAGCUCAGAGCUUUCAAAGCGCGUUUCCACAGCCAAACAAACACAGCCCGAAUGAAUCGUCGACGUGUGUACAGCCCCCUCUUAUUGGAUUAAUUUCUCGCGCAACGGGGCCAGUAACCUCAACAUACGAAGUGCCGGAGUCCAGCCAGGAAGCGCUGCACGUCACAGAGCGUAGAUACCUGCGGCUGGACUGGUGUAAGACACAGCCGCUCAAGCAGACCAUAGAGGAGGAGGGCUGCCUUCGCCGCACCAUCAUUAACAGGUUUUGCUACGGACAGUGCAAUUCCUUUUACAUCCCGCGGAACAAGUACCAGGACGGAAACGCCUUUCGCUCCUGUUCGGCCUGCAAACCCAAAGCCUUCAGCACCGUCACAUACACCCUCCUCUGUCCGGGACAGACGCCCAGCACUAAGAGGAAACGAGUCCAGCGCGUAAAGCUGUGCCGCUGCACUACUAUCGAUAUGGAUUAGCCACAAACUAAAACAUGCUGGGCAGUAAUAUUGUCUUCUGUGAAAAAUAUAGAAGGGAGAGUCUAUUUUGCUUAAAAGGCGCAUAAGUUGGAAUAGAAAAGUGAGGAACAUGCUUGAGCCUUUUUGGGUGGAGAGACAGUUGACCACUAAAUCUGCUAAAAGACAGUACACACUGCUAAGUGGGAGAUUCAUGUGUCACGUUCUGUAUAAGGUGAUAAUUUGACCAGCAAAUACAACUUUACCACACAAUGACCAAACAUCUGCCAAUUAUCAGUCGCCGCUUGCAGUUUUGUGAGUGUAAACAGACUUGGAUGUGUUGGCACAUGCAUUUGCAGACAGGAAGUUUUAGGCCAAUGCGAACCGUUGAGGUGCAGGCUGGUUUGCGGCAGUCCAGUGACAAAAUUUGUCCAAACAAACAAACAAAAAACCCAACAAGCUAAUGGAUGUGCAAAAAUAUAAGAUGACUUCAGAGGUUGCAUUGUUUCCACUGUGUGGGACAUGGAGCUGAAGGUUUUAGAGACAUACACUUUUAUACAUGCACUGCUAAAAGCCACUUGAUUUCAUGGCUGUGCAUAAUUUGUGUAUCAUUCAUUGU